AUGAAUGACCCAGGCCUGGAUGAGGCUAUCGCCGAUGAGGCGAAUACUCUAGAUCAUUUCUCCUCUCAGACUCAACAGCGCGAUAAUAGUACCAUUUCAACAAAGGACACUACUAGGACCCAACAAGAUGCACAGCGUCCCUUGUCACCUCGAUGGUGGCUCGCAAGUACUGCGUACCCAUUGGCAGCUGGUACUUUCGGGCCAAUGGCCAGUGCUUUCAAUGUGUGCUGUCUAGCCCAACCGUGGCGUAUGGAGCCUGAUGCAGAUGACGGAUACUUGGAUGUCACAGAUCCGAAAUGGUAUGUUUCCUGUAUCAACUACACAGAGUUUAUCUUUAAUAAGAGUCCGUUCAGGGUGACCGCCAUCAAUUCAAUCUCUCUUGUCUGUGCUCUGGUAGCCAACCUGUUCCUGUCGCUAAACAUGGCGCGUCGCAUUCGGUUUUCCCUUGCUCAGCCAGUUAUCAUCAUCGGGUGGCUUGUUUCAUCCGCGCUACUAAUUGCCAUUCUCAUUCCAUUCGGUGUCCUCAUGUACAGGCCUGAGAACUCCACUCGAGUGUACAGCCAGGCCUAUUUCUACGGGGCCUUCGCAGCUGGUGUAUACUUCAUUAUUGCAUGUCUGAUGAUGAUGACUGCAUAUGGAGCACGCCACGGAUAUUACAGUUGUGAAUACAAACUAUCGAACAGUCAGCGAACCCUGAUGCUUCAGACAAUCAUCUUCUGUUUCUAUCUUCUCUCGGGCUCGGCGGUCUAUGCCAAGAUUGAGGGAUGGCGGUUCUUGGAUGCGGUUUACUUUGCAGACUAUACGCUUCUCACUAUUGGGGUCGGCAAUAUCACCCCUGGUACCCACCUUGGGCGAGGACUACUCUUCCCAUAUGCUAUCGGUGGCAUUGUGAUUCUCGGUCUGAUCAUCUCCUCGAUUCGAACAUUGAUGCUGGAACGAGGACGUCAGAAAAUGGCCGAUGCGCUUGCAGCGCGUACCCGCAAAUUUCUCGUGAAGGAAGCAAAGUCAGAUAGAAAGCGACUCGGCAGUUUGGUGCCGGAUCUCCGACCAAAUGAAGAGGACAAUCCCCGCGAUCGACAAAAGCGAGAGUUCAUUACAAUGCGUCGCAUUAGACAGCUCGCCACCGUGCAGCACAAGUGGAUCUCGCUGAGUAUGUCUCUGUUGGUCUGGAUGGCCAUGUGGCUUAUUGGAGCCGUUGUAUUUUGGCGGUCGGAGCUAAGUCAGUCUUGGACAUACUUCGAAUCUCUAUACUUUGCAUAUGUGACGCUACUCACCAUCGGAUACGGCGACAUUUACCCCAAAAGCAGCUUGGGAAAAUCUUUCUUCGUCUUCUGGUCUUUACUCGCCGUGCCAACAAUCACAAUCCUUAUUUCAAAUAUCGGCGACACUCUUAUCCAUUUUGUCCGGGAUCUUACCCUCUACAUCGGUGAACUCACCAUUCUGCCAGGCGAUGAACCUUUGAUCGAACGUCUUAAAGAUAUUUUCCGUAUGUCCUGGUCGGACAAAUGGGUCCAGGAAACGCUUGGCGAAAAGUCCGCUGCACAGGACAUACUCGACGAUGAAAAGGGAACUAAUGACCCGGAACAAGCAAACUGCCAAGUGCAUCGUGCUUUGGAAGCAGAGGAACAUGAACGAGAAGAGUCUGCAAGAGCGCGCGGUGACAUUGCCGCGGAAAGUGUUCAUCACUACCAUUACCUUCUUUUCCGCGAAAUCCGUAAGAUGAUGGAGUAUACGCGAAGCAAUCUAUCCAAGGAAUUUGAUUACUUGGAGUGGGAGUACUAUCUCUCUCUUAUCUCAGGGAAACAUAAGCCUGCAUCCGAUGAUAAAACUGUCAACGAACAGGAUGGAGAGCGAGAACGCGCAUUUGAAGAGUGGAGCUGGAUCGAUAAGAAGAAUCCGUUAAUUGGGGAGAAGAGUGAAGUUGAGUGGUUACUUGGGGAGUUGACGGAGGCAUUGGAGCGGGAGUUGAAGACUGCUAGUCGGGGAUAUCAUUUGGAUGAUCAUGAUCAUGCUGGUGGAUGUGUUGGUGGCAGUGAAUUGCCACAAGAUAGCAAGUGA